AUGAGAAGACAAGAGCCAGAUGCUGAAUUGGUAAGAAUUUGGAAGACCACUACUAAACGUAGAAGAGCUGCUUUGCCACCUACCAAACAACAGCAUGAACAAGAAAAACAUAUUGCAAAAGCAUUCAAAGAGAAAAAACAAUCAUGGAAAU